UCCUAAAUUUGUGUUCUUGUGUUGAAACGUUUUAGAAUUGUGUUUGUUUAAAAAGUAGCAAAUACUCUUGUUCCUUGCAGUUGGUCACCUAGCUAAGGAACAUUACACACAGCAUUACAUUUUUAAAAAAUUUACUUACAGGCCUACGUUUGAAAGUACAUAACCAUUUGUGUCUCUCUGACUUAAUAUAGCCUUUUUAAAAAUUCAUAAAAACCUGGACAAUAGCCAUUACUGGGAUAUGAUACACGUAUUGAGUAGAUUUAUAACGCACAGAACAUUUUAAAUUAUAAAUAUUUAAAAUGCUCGAGGUAAGUUACAUCCUUGGGGGAACGCACGAGCCUCUUGUUUUCGGAGGCAGCGUCCCACGUUUCGACCAUAGAGUUUAGCGGUUUCCACAGAUAGCGUUUCAUCCGCUUCUUCCUGUGCAACCAGGAAGCAGUAGUCGUGUUUACAUUCUGUGAGGCUGUCUGAAUCUGAAGCUCGGUGGGGGUGGUCCAGGGAACUAUGAAGAGCCGUUAUUAGUAUUGCGUAUUACCUGGCUAUUAUUUAAUAUUUCUGUAAAUGUAUGCCAUGGCUGUUGACGGCUUCUGGUGCUAUAUUUCUGUGGUGUCGGUACUGUUGGCCCCCUCGUUUUGGUCGUGUCUGGUGGUUUCUGGCGAAAAGGUAGCAUUGAUGGAGAUUUUUCUGAGCGAUCGGCAGGGCGUCAGCAGUGUUCUGCAGGGCGAAGUGAUUGAGGGAAGUUGGGGCAGCAAAACUCACGACGGCCGUGAGAAUCGCGACAAUGAAUCCGUCGAAGGGAGCCUUCGAUUGGUACAGGACGACGAACUUGACCUCCAGGUGGAAUCCGAAGACAAGGAGCCAUGGAUUGGAGUGGUUCCGGUUAAGAUAAAAGAGAGCGAGGUUGCCAGUGGCAACCAAGAAUCAUUUGCGGCCGCAGUUGUCAGCAAGAUGAAGCGGGCUCUAGUGCUGGGAGCUUCAGCCCUAAUUAUUCUGGCCCUCAAUCAGAACACUGUCAGAGAGAUGGACCUCUCUCAAGUCCUCUCCAAGCCAAUUGUCGUGUUUCAGACGUCAGAGAAUGUCACCAAGCUCAUUGGAGUCCUCCUCAGGGGCCUACAUGCAACAGCAAAAAUCACAUACAAGACCAUCCUACAGGAUAAUCUGGGGGCCACCCUGACCCUGUGGUCCACCUGUGGACGGUCGAGGGGGGGUCUCUACGGGGAGUGGCAGGGGGUCAUCUGCACUGGAGAGACCAACUCCCAGGUUCAGAAGUACCUGCAGCAGCUGUGGAACACGGUGCUCCUCGUGGCCCUGAUCCUGUGCACGGGGGUCAUAGUUCAAGCACGCUGGCAGUAUCGGGACCACCAGCUCAACGAUGACAUGGAGUUACUCCCAAAACAGGACGUCCUGAAGCAGCUGGCUGCCCUGAAAACCAGGAAGUACCACUCGCCCAAGACGUGCAGCGACCCGGGUCAAGCAGGGGAGGUGGACAACUGCGCCGUCUGCCUGGAGCAGUUCUUCAACAACCAGUGUCUCCGAGUUCUGCCCUGCCUGCAUGAGUUCCACAGGGACUGCGUCGACCCCUGGCUGCUCCUCCAGCAGACCUGCCCUCUCUGCAAACGCAGCAUUCUGACGAACUUCUGCAGAGACAGCUAAUGGCAGCUCCUGGACCCCCGACUGGAAGAAAAACUGGGAUCAAGACUUGUACUCUCUCGUGAAGUUUUACAAUGACAGUUGAGACCUCAUUUAUCUCUGUACUGUAGGGUGAGGGUCUGGAGACAGAAGUGGGGGGGGGGGCCCUCUCCGGGGUUGGUACGCGUAUGGGGGGGGAGAGGGGGACCCCCCGGCCUUGUGACAGAUGGCAGAACUUUGGGGAGACCCACUAGCAGUGCUGUGACCCCUAGUUUCUAGUUCAUGGGAUCAGCUACAAUACUUGCAUUAUUUUACACUUUCGUCAUGUAAUGUGUACGUACUGUGUGACCAACAAGAGCAUCGAAAACCAACGUCCUAUCUGAGCAGCUGUACUGCCCCCUACCCCACGGAGUGCAUUUUUACGGUGGUUCUAAUGCACUGUGCCAACCUAGUCCUGGAAUUAUUUUACCCCUACCUUAAAGACCACACUGCAUUGAGCCAAAUGUUUUUAAUCUAUGUAUUUAACCGAUGGGCAUUCAUUUGUUUUUAUACAUACAGGUGUAUGUACGGAAACACUUGGUGAUACCAGCAUGGCUUUAUCGAUGUGUGCGCAAGGGCAUCCUGGGGCAAAUAUGAAAUAUAACCCUCUGAUUGAUACAACAGCAUCUUUCCUGAAGUAAUUCUUGUUGAGGGCAGAAUUUUACGACAAAUCAAAAUGCUACGCUACAGACUUUGACAGAAAGGGUAGUUUAAACAGUUCAGACUGAUCAUUGUGCUUAUGAACAGAACACUCCCAAGACCAAAAUGCAAUGAGAAUGAUCUAUAUAACCUGGCUGUUGCUCCUGGCCAUUUGAAAGAAAUCAGAGAUAUUAAAAAAAAAUAUAUAUAUAUAUAUAUAAAAAAUAACAUUUUUAAAUUUGUGGUUAUGCCUUAUCGGAGAACAAAAGAACAAAUUAAAAAUUGCUCCGAAAAAUCACGGUACAAAAAUGCUUUCUUAGCCGCGCAUUAGACUAGAAAGGCAUACGCCAAGGAUCACUUCAGCCGUUUGUUUUUCAAUGCAAAUGCAUUCAGUUUGCACACAGAGGGCUCAUACCUUCAGCAGCUGAACGCAGAAUGCAUCCAUGAAAGCACAUUUAUCCUUAAAAAGUUCACGGACGAGAGCACGAACCUGCAGCCUGUCUCUAGGAGAAGACUUCCGAAGGCGGAGAAACAGAAAUUUAGCCCUCAAAGGACACAGUAUUUAUUAAUGCACGCAUUCUUUAUUUUGUUCCGACACAGCCUCAGUACAAAAGCAAUCAUAAAUAAGCCUUUUUUGUUAGAAUAA